AUGGGUUUUCGCCUUGGGCCGACCAGGUUGAAGGCUGAUGCCUCGCAGCGACUGCAGAAGCCCCCAAAGGGUCACUUCUUCUUCGCUGGGCAGGCACACCCUCGAGUGGAGUGGACGAAGAAGCCCAAAUUGAGGAAGCUGUACUUCUACUGCAUUAUUCUCAUCUUCGUCAAUAUCGCCAAUGGGUUUGAUGGCUCAAUGAUGAAUUCUCUGCAAUCUCUUCCACUUUGGCAGGAGUACUUCGGCCAUCCCACAGGACAAGCACUAGGUCUCUUUGGAUCUGCGAUGUCCCUGGGCUCAAUUGCAGGCUUUCCAAUCGUCCCAUACAGCUGCGAUCGCCUCGGACGUAAGCUCACUGUCAUCAUUGGCUCGUUGAUCAUCAUUCUCGGGGCUGGUCUUCAGGCUGGUGCGCUCAACUACGGCAUGUUCUGGGCUGGACGCAUUAUCCUGGGUCUGGGAAUGGUACUGUCGACCACUGCAGGACCACUCCUUUGCGCCGAGAUCGCACACCCUCAGGAUCGUGCAAUCAUCACGACUUUCAUGGGAUGUUCGUACGCCGUCGGCUCUUUUGUGGCUUCCUGGGUCACCUUCGGCACACUCAAAAUUCAGAACAAUUGGGCGUGGAGAACGCCCUCGCUUCUUCAAUGCUGGGCGACGAUUGUGGUCCUGUGCGUGAUUUACUGGAUCCCGGAGUCUCCGCGCUUCUAUAUGGCCAAGGAUAACCACGACAUGGCGCUCAAAAUUCUUGCCAAAUAUCACGGAGAAGGCGAUGAGCAUGAUCCAUUUGUUCAGCUCGAAUAUACUGAGAUCAAGACCGCUCUCGCCAUGGACAAAGAGUUUCAGCGCAACUCCGCGUGGCUCGACUUCCUGAAGACCAAAGGCAAUCGUCAUCGUAUUGCUCUGGUCAUUGCGAUCGCCGUCUUCGGACAAUGGUCUGGGAACGGAAUUCUGGCAUACUACUUGAAGAUCGUGCUUGAUGGUGUCGGAAUCAAGACUCCUAACCAGCAGCUCGGCAUCAACGGAGGAUCAAAGACCAUGUCGCUCCUUGUCAACUUGGUCAUCGCGUUCUUCAUCGACCGUGCCGGACGUCGGCCAAUCCUCAUGGCGUCCACUCUCGGCAUGACUUUGUUCCUUUGCAUCCUUACAAUUUGCAGCGCGACCUACGCUGGUCAGCCAACAGGUGGCAAAAACAUUCAUCUCGGUCGCGCCAGCGUUGCUGUCAUUUACAUGUACAACUUCUGCUACAACUUGAAGACCGGAAUGCCCCUCACCUACACCACUGAAAUCAUGCCUUACGGUCUCCGCGCUAAAGCCGCGGUGGUUGGCGGCUUCGCCACAAUGGUCUGCGUCUUCUUCAACCAGUUCGUCAAUCCGAUUGCCCUUGCAGACCUUGCGUGGAAGUACUACAUUGUGUAUUGUGUCUUCCUGGGCUUCGAGAUCUGGUUUGUCUACUUCUUCGUGGUUGAGACUCGCUACGUGCCGAUGGAAGAGAUUGCCAGGUACUUUGAUGGAGAGGAGGCUGAUGUGGUUGGGUUGACACAUGCGCAGCAGAAGGGUGUUAUGGCCGAGGAGGGCACUGCGACUGAGAUUGAGGACAAGAAGGCUAUCACUAUGACGGAAGUCAAGCGAGUGCAGACUGGUCAGUGGACAGCAAGAGCAGCAUUGACCGCACUUGGAGCCACCAAGACCGCAAGUGCCCAGACUGCAGUGAUCUACCUCGGCGCCGCCAGCACUGUCAUUGCAGGUCUCUUGACGUACUUUAAAUCGAGGAACCAGCCCAAUCGUGCACGUCAAUUCCGAAACGCCCUCCGCGGAGUACGCAACAAGAUCGACGACAAAUCCCACGAGCUACAUGGUUUGACCCCGGAACAGGCGCGGGCAGUCGCGGCUGGUAUUAUUAAGCAGUACAACCAGGCACUUGCUGAGGCAGCUGCAAAUUAUCCAGAUCUCUGGGUUACGCUUGGCGAUCUGAAGCGAUGGCUGCCUACUGAUGACCCGUUUCCGGAUCCAAAGGAAGGCGACGGCAAGGGAAAACCUGGGGCAACAGGUACUGAGACUGGUCGGAAGCCGAAUCCUCUGGGGCAACAGGGAGACGGGGACUCGAUCCAUUCGCAGCAUUCUGCGCCACCAUAG